UGCGCUGGGCUCGCGGAGCGUUCGCGUCGUGCAGGCCCGAGCAUGGGCCUCCUGAGCGGGGCGGCUCGCGCCCUGGUGCGGGGCGCCGACCGAAUGAGCAGGUGGACCAGCAAGCGGGGCCCGCGCACCUUCCUCAAGGGCCGCGGCGCCAAGGGCACCGGUUUCCACGCCCGCGACAGGAAUUUCGUGCAGGUCAAGGAGAUGGUCCCGGAGCUGGUGGUGCCCGAACUGGCCGGGUUCAGGCUCAAGCCCUACGUGAACUACCGCGCGCCGGAGGGCACAGACGCCCCCCUGACGGCCAAGCAGCUCUUCCUGGAAGCGGUGGCGCCUGCUAUUGAGAAGGACUUUAAGGCCGGCACUUUCGACCCCGAGCACCUGGAAAAGUACGGCUUUGAGCCCACCCAGGAAGGCAAGCUCUUCCAGCUGUAUCCCAAGAACUUCCCGCGCUAGGAGCCCGCGAGCGGAGGACUUGGGCCCACCCUCCUUGCCCGUCCCAGGUCGGGUGGCGGGUGGGAAGGCGUUUCCCUCGCUGCGUUUCUAUUAAAGGCCUUCGCUACCGUACAGG